UCAAGGCGGAGCUGAGUUCUACCUGCGUGCAGGUGAGGAGGUCUCCCUCCUCUCUGCCUGCCGAAAGCCAGUAGUUCAGGAUAUGGUUUGGAACCAGGAGGCCCUAGGGGAGGAAAUGGCUGGGUCCCACUUCCCGAUGGAAUCGAUCCAGAAUCAGGCCCAGGAGCCGGAGAAGCUGGGCUCCCGGGAGCAGCAGGUCGCCGGGGAACAGCAGCCACCUCCGGAGCGACCGGAGCCCCCGGAGCCCCUGGAGAAGCCUGUUGGGAAUCCCCAGGGGCCCAAAGAGCAGCCGGCUUCGGAAAGCCCGGCUCGGACCCGGGAUCCCCCGGGCGAGAAGACGGUCUCCCUGCGCCCCACCUUCCUCCGGGUGCCACAGCCGAGCUUGGGGUACGGCUCUUUCCGCUGUCGGGGAUCUGCGAGCUCUGAGCAGCUCCAGGGCCGCGGGGAUCGGGAGGGCACCCUGGCUCUGGUACCCGUCCCGGCCCCGGCAGAAGCGCAAUCUCGGGAGGGCGAGACGUCCACCCCGGGCGCCGUGCGGGAGCCGGGCGAGGCGGGGUCGGGGGCCUGGGCGCCCGUGGAGCUGCAGGUGGAUGUGCGAGUGAAGCCCGUGGGCGCAGCGGUUUCGGGGCUCACUCCCUCUCCCGUGCCCACCACCCGCUUCUUCUCGGUGCCCGUGCCAGACUCCCCCGCCUUCUCGCGCCACUCCUCCUUCUCCCGCUCUGGGGUGCCCCGGACUCCUUCCCCUGGGAGCACGUGGGGGGGAAGUCCGCACCCCCUUGCCGGCUGGGCCGAUCGGUACCGGGAGCAGGAGGGACGGGCCAGCCCGGGACCAGUGCGGUCCGGAGAAUCUCCGUCGGGGCUUCCCCGAUGUAGGUGCCGGCAGCUGGGGCUGGAGGACAAGGAGUGGGAGAAGCUGCUGCCCGGGUGCGGGGCUGACGGAGACAAACUGCACCAAGCGAUCACACGCAUAGGCCUGCCAGCAUACAUGAAAUCCCUACGCUGGGCUCUGGCCGUCCUGGCAGUGUUGCUGGCCGUGGCUGUGGUCACCAUCGUGGCCCUGGCCUCUCGAGUAGGAGCAAAGUGCCGACCUUGUCCAGAAGGCUGGAUAUGGUCAGAAGAACACUGUUACUAUCACUCCUUGGAGGCUCAGAGCUGGGAAGACAGCAAGGCUUUCUGCUCAGUCCACCAGGCAUCUCUCCCAGUAUUGAGCCACGCACAGGACUUCCUAAGCAGAUUCCAGAUCCCCAGGUUAUAUUGGGUGGGUCUACAUCGAGGCCCUGAAGGGUGGCAUUGGAUCGAUGGGACUCCAUUGCCCCCCCAGCUGCUCCCAGAAGAAGAUGAAGAUAGCUUUCAGAACCGAAACUGUGGGGGCUUAGAGGAAGGAAAGCUCAAAGCUUUAGAAUGUGCCUCCUCUAGACCCUGGAUCUGUGUCAGGGGGGCCAAGUGAUCUGCUCACUCUUCAAGUCCAAAUCCACAAGAAGUGGGCCAGGAAGGCAUCACGCUAUUACAUGGACAAGGUCAGAUUGUGUCCGGAAGGGGUUAUGGUUUCUCAGUAAAAAUACUUCCAUGAAACCUUGGCCUGGAGCCCAGAGACAAACCCCAAAAAACACAAAUUAUUCAUAGAAAACUCAGGUAGUGGACCUCCAUCCUCAGCCAAGAGGACCCUAUCUAUCUUGUUGGGGAAAGAAAGAAAACUGGUUUAUAGCCUGUGGAAUCUUAACCCUAAUUCUAAUCUAGCCUCUGUACUUUGUUUAGUCAGUGGCCAGUUAGCAUUUCUGGGUCUAGUUCCUGCUUCCCUCAAUCCCAACAUCAUAUACAUACAUCCUCACUUUAUUUUACCAAGGGAUAAGGAGAAUUAAGAAGCCAAAUUCCUAUAGUGAUUGAACUGCCCUAUUUUAUUGCAGUACACUGAGUAACAGAUAAUGCCUAAAUUGCUUUGUUACAGUAACCUCUAGUUAUAGUGACUGACUACACUGUUAGGCAUUACAUUUCAAGUCUGCAGGUGUUACAAAUGAAUUCUAAACCCAGUUAGGGAAAGAGAGUACAACCUCAGGUGGGCUAUAGAAGAUGAAACUGUCAAUCCAUAAAAGGGUGUUUGCUAAAAACCAAGGUUACCAGGAAGGACAGCAGGAUAACUGAGUAUAGUGUUUCUUGGAGCAGAUCCAAAGGGUAGGGGCUAGAGCAGUGAUUCUCAUCAUGGGGAAGAUUUUAUCAUCCUGAAAACUUUUGCCAUUAUAGAUCCUUACUUCUUAAAAACAUUAAAGAUGCACUCCAAAAAGACUCCUUUUCCCUCUUUCUGCCUCCUGCUCCUUGCACUAAAAUGUGUCCAUUUUUCUCUUCUAAUUCUACAUCUGAAAUCCAAUGUAUAGUUGAAGUUGCAUUUGGCCUUAACAUUAGGAGAUUUGGGGUCACGCCCUGGCCCUGGAAUUUAUCAGCGGAGUGACUUUGAGCCAGUUGAUUGACCUGUCUAGGACUCAAUUUCCUGCUCUGUAAAAAAAAAAUAAGGGGGAUGGGUAGAUAGAACUAGAUGACAACUGAGGUCCCUUCCACCUCUGUAAAUUCAUGAAUUAGGUGCUAACCCAAAUUACUCUUACUAGGACUUUAUUCCUUUGUCAUGGGCUAAUCAGAUUCUGGUUAAGUGCUUGGGGCUUUCUUUCAAGAUCAGGUUCUCUAGACAGCAACUUGUAUAUUGUAGCCUCUAAACUUCAAGAUGCUAUGAAGAGGUGGGACAGAGAGACUUACAAUACAACAGGUAGCAAGAGGUAGCUGAAUGACAUGAUGGGGAAAUGAAAUGCUUAUGAGAGCUAGAAGAGAACUUCCUUAUUUCUGCUGUGGGUAAUGCCAACUGUCCAUGAAGAUUAUAACCUCCAAGUCAUCUAUGAUUCCUUACUCCCCCUUACCACAAUGGAAUGAGUAGCCAAGUCUUGUUUUUAUCUCCACAAUACCACCUGACACCAUCUGCUUCCACUCUUAUGGUCACCACCUUCAUUACAUCUAAUUGGUCUCCCUGAUUCCAAUUUCUCUCCUCUGGAUUCCAUCUUCCACAUAGUUGCCAAAGUGAUAUUCCUAAGGGAGAGAUCUAACCAUGUCACUCUCCUGCUCAGAAAGCUCCAGGGGCCCCCUACUGCCUCAUGGAUAAAGUGUAAACUUCUCUAUUUGGCAUUCAAAGCCCUUCGCAAUCUGAUAAAUCCUAUAUUUCCGGAUUUUUUUACAUUUCACUCUUCUACACAUAUUCUCUGUUCAAACCAAAACGGACCCUUUGCUAUUCUCCAUAUGUGAUAUUCUGUCUUCAAGUUCCAUGUCUUUGCACAGGCUGGUUCCCUACCCCACCAUGCAUGGAAUGCACUUUCUCCUCACUUAGGCCUCUUAGAACCCUUAGCUCAACUAAAGUGCCAUCUACUUGAGGUCUUUCUUACCCCCUUCCAACUGUUAGGUGUUCUGGGAAUUAUUUUGUUUACUAUAUAUGUAUAUACAUAUUUUGCAUUUACGUAUAUGUGUACAUGUUGUUUUUCCCUGAUAGAUUGUAAGUUC